AUGGCGCUGAAGAGCAUCAACAUCAGCGGCAACUUCGAUUGGUGCCCCUUCAAAGAGCACAAGAACUACCUCACCUGUUUCACCUCUCACAACCUUCUCUACUCCAACAACAACAACCUGAACAACUACGUGUACCUGUUGGAUAUUAACCUCAAUAGCGAUGGUAGAAAUUUAGAAAUAGUGAGUAAGCUGAAUUUUGAAGAAGCCCUGAAAAGUGAGAAAAGUGGAAAGAAGAAAGGUACCAAUGAGUAUGUGACUAGCUUCGAAUGGAUAAACAGUAGCAACUUCAUCGAGUCAGAAGGCAACUAUGAAUUGCAAAAGGGAAUAAUAGUGGGAGGACUAACCAAUGGAGACGUAAUUUUACUGAAUGCACAAAAUUUAUUUGCAGAGAAACCAACCCACGAACAGUUUAUACUGAGCAGGGCAAAUGUACAUGAAGGAUCCAUAAACUGUCUGGAGUGUAAUAAACAUAAGAAUUAUUUAGUAGCAACAGGAGGAAAUGAUGGACAGCUAUUCAUUACAGACAUUGAAAAUAUUUACUCGCCAACUUCGUAUGAUCCUUAUUUGGACAAGAAUAAUUUACAAAAAAUUACCUGCCUGAAUUGGAAUCAAAAAGUAUCACAUAUUUUGGCUACCUCCUCAAACAAUGGCAACACGGUCAUCUGGGAUUUGAAAAUAAAAAAAGCUGCUGUGAGUUUUAGAGAUCCACACAGUAGAACAAAGACUUCAUCUCUUGCAUGGCUAGCUAAUCAACCAACCCAAAUUCUGGUUGCUUAUGACGAUGAAAAGAGCCCCUGCUUACAACUGUGGGAUUUAAGAAACGCAAACUACCCCAUCAAGGAAAUCAUAGGGCAUUCUAAAGGGAUUAACGACAUCAGCUUUAGUAGCAUCGACACGAAUUUGUUGAUUUCUUCUGGAAAGGACACAACCAAAUGCUGGUAUCUAUGCAACAAUAAUUUUGACGUGUAUAACGAGGUGAAUAACUCUGCCAAUAAUAUUUACUCCAAAUGGUCACCCUUCAUUCCAGAUAUGUUUGCUUCGGCUACGAAUAUGGAUACCAUUCAAAUAAAUUCUAUUAACAAUGGUAUGCAGAUGACUAGCAAGUAUAUCCCGAACUUUUACAGGAAGGAUGCGGGUAUUACCUUCGGCUUUGGCGGGAAGAUCUGUUGUUUCGAUAAUACUACUGCGCUGGAACCCACCAAGCAGGGAGCUUCGGAGGGCACCGACGUUGGCAAUGUUGGCAAUGCUGGCAAUGCUGGCAAUGCUGGCAAUGCUAAUGCAGUUGUCGGUGGUAGCGCCCCUGAGAACAAGUUCCUUAUCAAGUGCCACAUCUACCCCACCGAAAUGGAACUCAUUUCCGAGGCGGAUAAGUUUGAAAAGUACAUCGCCAGCGGAAACUACUUCGAGUUCUGCGAAAGUAAGAUAUCCAAGACGGAGGACGAAUACGAGAAGUUGACGUGGAGGAUUUUGCAACUGCUGUGCACGUCGCAGAAGGAAGGAAUUGUAAAGCAUCUCGGUUAUGACAUAAACGAAAUUAUACAAAAAAUUGAAGACACCACUGGAAAGAAACCAGGUUUUAUUUUUAACAAGUUGGCUGAAGAGGAGAAAGAAAAAAUGCUAGCGAAGAACUCAUCCUCCAAUGUGCUCGCUCCCGACGGCAUGAUGGAUCCCUCCAUGGCGGGAUUAAUGACAGGGACUGCAAACUAUAAUCAUGUGAAUGGUGGACUCAUGGCCAGUGGCCCAGGGGGCAUUGACCCUAACAACAUGUCUACCGGAGCUGCUGCUGCUGGUGCCUCUUCCAUGCUGGUAGACAACAUGCAAACUUUCAACUCUUCGUUCGAUGUCGACCCAGAGAAGUUUUUUAGAGAGCUCGGCGAGAAGAAGGAGAAUGAAGAGACCAACGAGGGGGAGAAGCAACAGAAGGAAAACAUAGAGGUGGAGGAAAAACAUCAGAAGGGAGAUAGAGAGGCUGAGGAGAAGCAGCAGAAGGGAAAGGAUAAAGGGAAGAAAAAAGGAAUGGGAGGAAGAAUUGCGAGUUUAAUAGGAGGGGGAAUGGCAGACGAAGAGUACGACGAUGAAGAAGACGAAGAUGGAUUUGGUAGAAGCAAAGAUAUAAAUGAAACAAAUGACAAAACAAAUUGGAAUUCCGGCAUAGAAUCCAUCAUCAAAGAGUGUGUCCUGGUGGGAAACAUUGAAACGGCAGUAGAGUUAUGUCUACACAAAAACAGAAUGGCAGAUGCGUUAUUCCUAUCCUCCUUUGGAGGUGAACAACUCUGGCAUAAAACAAAAACCUUAUACAUUAGAAAGCAGAAGAGUACCUUUAUGAGAAGCUUGAAUUACAUUUUGGAUGACCAGUUGGAGCUCCUAGUUCAACAAAUCGACCUAUCCUCCUGGGGAGAAGCUCUCUCUAUCCUAUGCACAUACGCAUUAAAUAAGGGCAACUUUAAUAACCUAUGUGAAACACUAGCUAAGAGGUUACAAAAUGAAAAAUUCGAUAUAAGGGCAGCGUCCAUUUGCUAUCUAUGUGCUUCUAAUUUUGAUCAGACGGUGGAAAUAUGGAAUGACAUGCCUUCGACUCAGAACUCUCUACUCAAUGUACUGCAGGAUAUGGUAGAAAAAAUGACUGUCUUAAAAAUGGCUACAAAACAUGAAAUGUUCAAUGCUAUUAUGAAUAAGAAAAUUAAUCAGUAUGCAGAACUCUUGGCCAAUUCUGGUCGAUUGAAGGCUGCCAUGACAUUUUUAUGCCUAACUCAGGAAGACCAAACUGAGGAAAGCCUAAUCCUAAGGGACCGUAUUUUCAACAGUGGUGCGAAUAUGCUUUGCCAUCAAGUAAAACCUCCCAUGUCUCCUUUCCAAGUGUUACAUGUAAAAUCGACCUUUGGGGGGAUGCUACACCAAAAUUAUCAGCAGUGUAAUCAGAGCCCACAAUUUAAAUCCAAUAUCAUGGGUAGCAAUUUGAACUCGGGUCAGUCCAAGGUCUUUUCUCCCACUAAGAGUGCUACUUCCAUGAUUGCCCCCCCUCCGAUGCCAGGGCAAAUGCCCAUGCAGUCUUCACCUUCUCACCCCACGCACACGGCUUACCCUUCCAUGCCACCCAACAAAUUCAACACACAUGUUAUAGGUGCCCCUCCACCCCAUCGAGCAUCCUUCACAAGUACAUCUUCUAAGAAUUUUCCUCUGGGGAACGUCAAUCCAGUGAAUCCUCCAUCCCUUAGCUCCAUGUCUCCAUCAUACAUGAUGCCCCCCUCAGGACCAUCACCACCUUCCAGCACAUGUCCAAUUAGUACCUCUCCCCCUUCCUAUGCUACCAUGUCGAACAUUUCAAAUUUUAGCGCACCACAGGGUAUAAAAUCAGAGCAGGAUAAUCAUAAGCAGACCACACCAGCAGCAGCUCCUGUAGGAGGACCCAUGUUUUCCUCUCAGUCCUAUGCCAACCAGAGACGAAUUCAACCCGGUGCAAAUGCCCCCCCUCCUGUUCCCACGCCUUUACAAACGAACCAAAUAAACAACCGUAAUUUUCCUUCUAUGCAGAAUAUCGCACCUGCCCCCCCCGUAAAUAGAAAUCAGUCCAUCUCGUCUAAUCCGAAUACUAUGUCCUUCCAGAAGGAUAACUCGGGGCAGCAGUUUCUCAAGAGGGAGUACAUGGAUCAGCAGGGUCCCUACGGAGGGGCAGUGAGCCCCCCUGUCAUGCAGCCGAAUAAUUUUGGCACCUCUUUCCAGGACAGCACGAACAAGGUCGGGAUAGGCGGCCAAUCGAGCGGCCCACCCUCAUCAGGUGUCAGCACGACGUCCCCAAUCGCAGGAGCCUUGACUGUCACUCCUGGAAUGCCAGUCCCAUGGCCAAUCCCCACAACGACCCAACAACUCGGAUCCACGACCACCUCCACAGCGAAUGAAAACAAGAAGAUACAAACCGCAACGAAGGAACAGAAGGGCGUGUUCAUGGGAAGAAGCAACGUAGACAAUGUUAAGAAGACAAUAAGUAAUUUCCUUAAUGGCUACAUGUCACAGGAGCCGAUAAAGAAGAAGGCAGAAGACAUCUCAAUCAAGGUGCAUGAACUCUUCGAUAAACUCGACACUGGGUCGUUUAAUGAGCAGAUAAAUGAUAGCAUCGUGAAUAUGGUUAACGCACUUAACGCGAAUGACUUUAGGGUAGCCAACAAGAUUAUAGUUGAACUGAGUAGGAACUUGUGGGACGGAAGCAACAAGUCAUGGAUUAUGGGUCUCAAGUGCAUUGUACCAAAGUGCUGA